CUGUUCCCUGCGCCCCGCGGUCGCGCCCCAGCCACGACCCCAGCCCCAGCUCUUAUAGCUCUUAUAGCCUCGAAAGUCCCUGGGGUCGAAUUCCUGGGGAGGGGGUUCUGAUUCCUUGGAACUCUGGCCCCCAUCACUCGGGCGGAGAAUCAGCCAAAAUUCCUACGAAGUCACAGAGUAAAAUUGGAAAACGUAGCCAGGACCUCCCGGCACACGCCCGGCGCCUCCUGCCCUCCUCCUCUAGAUGGGUGCUCCUGGAGGAUGUGUUUCCCCCAUCCCCCAACCCCGCCACUCUCUUCUGUCCUGGAGUUGGGGGACAGGGACACUAUGAGGGACGCAUGUGGGUGCCCUUGAUCCAGCUCAGCCUGACGACUAGAAAGGAAAGAUGCCUGUUGGGAUGGGCCUCCAGGACCCAGGAGUGGAGGGCACAAGGAGGACCAAGGAGUUCUCAUCCAAGAUAGGGACUCUCCAGCCAGCCCUGGAGCCUGCUGUGGGGCGCCCUGCCCCGCAGCACCACCCAUUUCCCAGAGGAUCAAAAAGGGGUGGGCCAGUCUUCACCCAUCCAUUCUCACUCUGAGGUGUCCUUCUGAGGAGUCAUCCCUCCCAACCCCCAGCUUUCUGGAGACUGGACCAGGCUUCGGUCCCUGCAGAGCGCAUCCCCCACCCCACGCCCAGAUGCCGGAGUAGAGUUGACUUCCGGUCCCCUCCUCCCUGGCCCUGGGGGCCAUCAAGGGAGGAGAGAUGGAGAAGUGGGCGGGCAGGCCCCGGAUGUGUCUGAUGCUGCUUCUGUUCCUGCCUCAGCUCUGCCUGGAUCAGGAGGUGUUUUCUGGGCACUCUCUUCAGACACCUCCCGAGGAGAACCAGGGCCCUGAGGGUGUCUGGGGUCCUUGGGACCAGUGGGCCUCUUGCUCCCAGCCCUGCGGGGUUGGGGUGCAGCGCAGGAGCCGGGCGUGUCAGCUCCCUGCAGCUCAACUCCACCAGGGCCUGCCCCUCCCACCCCGGCCCCCAAGACAUCCAGAAGCCCUGUUCCCCCGGGGUCAAGGCACCAGACCUCAUACUUCCCGAGAAACCCUUCCCCUGUACAGGCCACCACCUCGGGGAAGAGGUGGCCCCCUUCGAGGUCCUGCUUCUCAUUUAGGGAGAGAGGAGGCCCAGGAGAUUCAAGGAGCCAGGAGGUCCCGGGUUCGAGACCCCAUCAAGCCAGGAAUGUUUGGUUAUGGGAGAGUGCCCUUUGCUUUGCCGCUCCAUCGGAACCGCAGGCACCCCAGGAGACCACCCAGCUCUGAGCUCUCGCAGACCUCAGAUCUUCCAUCCCUGACUCCAAGAACAGAGCCAUCUUCUGCAAACCACACCCCGCAAACUGAACUCCCUCCUACUGAACCGUCUGCCCACACCCCGUCCCCCCCAGGAGAACCCCCAAGCCCCGAAGCUGCUCAGACAGAGGUGCCCUCUAGAACCAGGCCUGCCCUCACAUGGCCCCACCCCAGAGCCCAGGCCUCUGGCACAGAGCCCUCCUUGUUCCCUCCAUCCCCAGGAGAAGGUAGCUCCUUUCACAUGUCCCCUCAGCCAAGAAGGCCAAGUUCCCAGGGUUGGGCCGGUCCCCGGCUGGCAGAGAGACACCCUAAUCCUUUCCUUUCUGUCCCUCGGAGCCGAGGCCAGCAGAGCCAGGAGCACUGGAGACCUGGGGGGAAUCUUCACGGGUCCCUCACGGAGUCUGCCCCUCACUACCCAGAUGGCUGGUUGCCUCUGCUGAGUGCUGGCCCCCAUUCCAGCCCCCUCUGGAGCCUCUUUGCUCCCAGUAGCCCUGUCCCAAGAUGUUCUGGGGAGAGUGAGCAGCUGAGAGCCUGCAGCCAAGCGCCCUGCCCCCCUGAGCAGCCAGACCCCCGGGCCCUGCAGUGUGCAGCCUUUGACUCCCAGGAGUUCAUGGGUCAGCUGUACCAGUGGGAGCCCUUCACAGAAGUUCAGGGUUCCCAGCGCUGUGAACUGAACUGCCGUCCCCGUGGCUUCCGCUUCUAUGUCCGUCACACCGAAAAGGUCCAGGACGGGACCCUGUGUCAGCCUGGAGCCCCAGACAUCUGUGUGGCCGGACGCUGUCUGAGCCCUGGCUGUGAUGGGAUCCUCGGCUCGGGCAGGCGUCCAGAUGGCUGUGGAGUCUGUGGGGGUGAUGAUUCUACCUGUCGCCUCAUCUCGGGGAACCUCACUGACCGGGGGGGCCCUCUGGGCUAUCAGAAAAUCCUGUUGAUUCCUGCUGGAGCCUCCCGGCUCUGGAUCGCCCAGCUCCGGCCCAGCUCCAACUACCUUGCACUUCGUGGCCCUGGGGGCCGGUCCAUCAUUAAUGGAAACUGGGCUGUGGAUCCCCCUGGGUCCUACGCUGCCGGCGGGACUGUCUUCCGGUACAGCCGUCCUCCUCGAGAGGAGGGCGUGGGGGAGAGUCUGUCUGCGGAAGGCCCCACGACCCAGCCUGUGGAUGUCUACAUGAUAUUUCAGGAGGAAAACCCAGGUGUUUUCUACCAGUAUGUCAUCUCUUCACCUCCCCCCAACCUUGAGAACCCCACCCCAGAGCCCCGGCUCCCCCAACUCCAGCCUGAGGUUUUGAGGGGAGAGCCCCCACCUGCUUCAGUACCCCGCCCUGCCCGCACCCCAGGCACCCUCCAGCGUCAGGUGCGGAUCCCCCAGAUGCCUGCCCCGCCCCAUCCCAGGACACCCCUGGGGUCUCCAGCCGGAUACUGGAAACGGGUGGGACACUCUGAGUGCUCGGCAUCCUGUGGAAAAGGUGUCUGGCGCCCUGUCUUCCUCUGCAUUUCUCGUGAGUCAGGAGAGGAACUGGAUGAACGCAGCUGUGCCGUGGGCACCAGGCCCCCGGCCUCCCAGGAACCCUGCCACGGGCCCCCAUGCCCACCGUACUGGGAGGCUGGCGAGUGGACGUCCUGCAGCCGCUCCUGUGGCCCCGGCACCCAGCACCGUCAGCUGCGCUGCCGGCAGGAGUUUGGGGGCGGCGGCUCGUCGGUGCCCCUGGAGCGCUGCGGACAUCUGCCCCGGCCCAACAUCACCCAGCCGUGCCAGCUGCGCCUCUGCGGCCGCUGGGAGGUCCGCUCCCCCUGGAGCCAGUGCUCUGUGCGGUGCGGGCGCGGCCAGAGGAGCCGACAGGUCCGCUGCGUCGGCAGCAACGGUGAUGAAGUGAGCGAGCAGGAGUGCGUCUCAGGCCCCCCGCGGCCCCCCAGCAGAGAGGCCUGUGACAUGGGGCCCUGCACCACAGCCUGGUUCCACAGCGACUGGAGCUCCAAGUGCUCAGCUGAGUGUGGGACGGGAAUCCAGCGACGUUCUGUCAUCUGCCUCGGGAGUGGGGAGACCCAUGGGGAGGGCCAGGAGGAAGCAGGGGCAGGAGCCACUGAGCAGACCUGUGCUCCAGGAAGCCGUCCCCCUGACAUGCGUGCCUGCAGCUUGGGGCCCUGUGAGGUGACGUGGUGCUGGUACACGGGGCCCUGGGCAGAGUGCUCCUCAGAAUGUGGCUCUGGCACGCAGCGUAGAGACAUCAUCUGUGUGUCCAAACUGGGGACUGAGUUCAAUGUGACUUCUCCUAGCAACUGUUCCCACCUCCCCAGGCCCCCUGCCCUGCAGCCCUGUCAGGGGCAGGACUGCCAAGACCGAUGGUUUUCUACACCCUGGAGUCCGUGUUCUCGCUCCUGCCAGGGGGGCAUGCAGACAAGGGAGGUCCAGUGCCUGACUGCCAACCAGACCCUCAGCAUCCGAUGUCCUCCUCACCUGCGGCCCUCCAGGAAACGAUCCUGUAACAGCCAACCCUGCAGCCAACGCCCCGAUGAUCAAUGCAAGGACAGCUCUCCACAUUGCCCCCUGGUGGUGCAGGCCCGGCUCUGCGUCUAUCCCUACUACACAGCUACCUGUUGCCGCUCUUGCGCCCAUGUCUUGGAGCGGUCUCCCCCGGAGCCCGCCUGAAAUGGGUCCAGGAGACCCUCUCCUCGUGGUUUUUUCAUGCCACCAUCAGUCACCUGUCAAUCAGCCCACUCUGUACCCUCUGGCUCUCUAGCCUGUCCUGGUCUCACUAGGGACGUCCCCCAGGGUGGUCGAAGGUGGCAAGAUGACGGACAGUAAUUGUCAAGACGUGUGGUUGGGUCUGUGCGGUGGUGUGAUGGUGUGUGUGCACAUAUGCCCCCAGAUGUGUAUAUGGGCCUGUGUGGAUGUGUGUGCGCCCAUAAACCUGUAUCACUUCUCAAAAAGAAGUUACACAGACUGAGAAGGAACCAGGAGAGGGGACGAUGCCUGUUUCUGUCAGAGUUUUCUAGGCUGAAAGGAAAGCAAGUUUGCAACUCUUUGGGAAUCCGAGCUACUUAGAGUCUGGCCUUCCCAUUAAUCCCAACUUUGUGUCCUCAACCUCAUUUCUUCUGUUCAGGCCACACAUCAUCUAAACCAUCCUUUUGUCCUCUGACCCUUUCUCCCCUUACUUAGUCUCUCUAUCCCUCCCUCUCAUAGUUAGCUAGGGAUGGGGUGAGCCAUUGCCAAUCCUGCUUUUCCCCAGGAAGAGAGACUAUCUCCCCAGAGCAGGGACCAGCUGGGCAGAAGAUGGCAAAGAGAAAGGUUAGAAUAAGACAACCGAGCCCCUGCUCCCGCUCCCCACCUCCUAAAACAGUUCCCACCCCAGAACUAAUUUAUUUUUUAUUAAAGAUGAUUAUGACAAAUGAGAAA